CGGCAUGAAAACCAUGAAAACAAACAAUUAAACCAUUGUAUUUGAUUUAGCACGGCAGGAAGAAGAUCUCGCACGGAAUAAUUUGACAAGCACCUUGUAUUACUGAGUUAACAGCGAGACGAGAAUGUCGCCUGCGGAGGACAGAGAGAAAGCUGCUCUGAGGCAGUGUGCCCAGGUUCGCUCCCAGCUGGAGGAGGCCAUCGCCGGCGUGAUGAAGGCUGAGGCGCAGCUCAGAGACAACUCCAGAGAGGUGAAGUGUCAACUGCACAGCUGUAUCAGCCGACAUCUGGAGUUUCUGCGCUCGCGUGAGGUGUGGCUGCUGGAGCAGAUAGACCUGGUGGAGCAGCUGAAGGGCGAGACUCUCCAGCAGCAGCUACAGCAGCUCCACUGGCUCCGUGGCCAGUUUGACGUCCUAAUUCAUCAGCUGGAGAGUUCCAACAGCAAGGACCUGGCUAACCAGCUCACCAGUUGUCUGGAGAAGUUCUCCUCCUUGAGUCUGACCCCUGAAGAAACCCCUGAGAUGAGCUUUCAGGCAGAUGCAUACUCCCUGCGCCAAGCCAUCACUUCAUUUGGGACCAUCUCUACACAGCAAACAGAGAAAGCCCCUUCAUCAAGCCUCCAAGCUCAAAACUCGGCCCCUGCUGAAAGACCAUGGCUCCUUCAGAACUGCCCAGUUGCUUCAAAGAAACAGAAAUUGGAGACAGAAUGGGGAGCGCCUCUUGCUGAGUGGCUUCUGGGAAACCGCCCAGUAACUAGUGCUCCAGUUGGAUACCAGUCUAGCAAGAAUCCUCAGGAUUGGUUGAUUGCUUCCAGGGAGAGAGUUCAGGCAAGUCACCCACAGGCAUCCUUUGACUUCCAGAAGGCUUGGGGACAGCUGAAGGAUUUGGAGGUGUGGCUUCAGAAGGACCGGACACCCAUCCGCGAGAGGACCAUCAGCUGCGCCAGCAGCGGUAGCUCGGCCUUCUCGAUUGAGAAGAUCGAUGAGAGCGAGUUUAACCUCGACGACCAGGAGGAAGAGGAGGGGCAGCAAGAGGAAGAGGCUCCCGAACUGGGCGACUGGCUCAUCACCCCCAGCCCAAAGCCGGGGAAGCCCGCUGCCAGCACCCCCGUCUCGGAUGCCGACCGCUGGAAGCAAGUUUUCAAACCCUUCCAGGAGAGUUUCUCCUCCAACGAUUGGCUGGUCAAGUCUGCAGACUGCAGCUCCUGCUGCGCCACGCGCACCAAAGCGGUGGAGAUCGAGAACCUGGGUAAACUCAAGUGCCUGAAGCAGACACCCCCGUCCUCUCCCGCCAGCACCCCCACUUCCGCCCCCACGCCCGUCACCCCGGCACCCAUCGAAAUCUGGCUGCAGCAGGCUAUCCCCCUUGAGACGACCUGUAAGGCCAACGAGACCUGCGCCAGCUACGCCCAGUGCGUCUGCGACGACAAUUGCGGCAGGGAGGCUCUGAGCGCCUGGCUCCUUAAGAAAGAGGGGCGAGAUAAGAACGGGGUCCCCGUCGACAAGAACGCUUCUGGCAAAGCUUUCGGCCAUCAGCAGGAGCAACAGCAGAAAGUGCAGGCCAUCCUGGAGGCGUGGCUACACCCCGAAAAGAGGUCCUCAUCUCCAGCCCUGUCCUCUCUCUCGGCCUGGGUGUCCCCUCGCACCUCGCUGGGAGAGGAGAAGGCCACACGGGAGGACAGGAGCUCCCAGUUCAAAGUCCUAGAGUCGGACAGUCCCUUCCAUAAUCCACUAAAGCUGGAGUCCUGGGUCUUGCCCCAGAAGACACAGACUAGCCCUGAGGUCCAGAACAAACCAGACACACAGGAGCCAACCAGCACGCACACAGAAGAGGACAAAUGGCUGCUACGCAAGAGGGCCAGCGCUCAGGAGAGACUUGCCCUGCCCACAGUAUGUGACCUGUUCUCCUGUAUGAAACUUGGUGGAGACAAAGAAAAGUGGCUUCAUCGAGCUCCUAUACAGGUGAGAAAUCCAAUGUGAAAACUGCAUCAGUUAGCCUUUUUUGAGA